GUUUUCUGGACUGGGUUCCAAAGAAGAUGCAGCGUGUUGGCUGCAUGGAGCUGCUGAACACGGUGCAGAGGAGAGUCCAGCCCAAACUCCACGUGUUCGGACAUAUUCAUGAAGGCUACGGCAUGAUGACAGAUGGCACCACGACAUUCAUCAACGCCUCGGCCUGUACAGUGAACUUCCUGCCCAUGAACCCACCUAUUGUCUUCGAUCUUCCCAACCCCAGAACCACAUGACGAGAAAAGACAGGACACCACUCCCCUACUGUCUGUCCAGAGAAAGAAUACUGAAAGAUGAACAGCUUCAGUGGUCAGAUCAAAUUUUGUAAAUAUUAUGCAGGGAUGUGUAUUUCAUGGACAUGCAAGAGUACGUUUGAGGAGCUCACGGAGUACCGGAUGGACACUCCGUUUGACUUUCAGUGGUAUUUUUUGUGUCUGAACUUCUUCAUCAACACUGAGAUCAAAACAAAAGCAGAAACAUUUUGUGGGGAGACUUUCAUAUGCAGACAAGUGGAUGUUUUUGAGUCAAAACUGCACUGACAAUCUGAUGCUGCUCCCAGAGACAAAAAAAAAGRAAAACAUUUUAAAUUCACUCAACAUAAAAAAUCAAAUGCCUCAUCUAUGUUGAAAUCUUGGCUACAAAAAUGUCAUACCACUCUGCUUUUCUACAUUUAUUUUCCAAUUACCCCUUCACACAAACUUCCUYAGACUGCCCUUUUUCCUCUUCCUCUCAAGCCCACAGCAAGCUGGAGUUUUUUUUGUCUUGUUUCUCUUUCAGCAUAUGUUAUGCAAGAAAUCAAAGAAGUGCACUAGGGCAACGAGAGGUCUCUGCCAUGAGCUAAAUGAAUGUAUAAUACUGUAUGCCCCCCAUCCCCAAAGGCUUGUUACACGGAUGAGCCUCUAAACCACCUGAAAGGAAGAAAACAAAGACCUGCACAUGUUGCUUUGAAUCAUUUUUCUGCACACGGACUAAGCCAAGCUUUGGAAAGACAAGUUUGUAGAAUCUGAGAAAGGAACCCACAUGAAAUCUAAAGGUGCUAUAAGCUAACACUGUUAUCCAUUCAAAUGAACUAAACUCUAGAAUGGACACAGUGCUUACGCUGUUUAAGAAGACUCAAUCAUGCUUUUUAUUGGACUGCUGGACCUUUCUUUUUUUUCUUAAAAAAAAUCAAAGCUGUAAUUAUAAGGAACUGUAACCAAGUUAUUUAACUGUCCUUUGUCAAAGGAAAAAUGACYGAGUUUUUCUUAAAGGUUUACAAGCAAACAUGCUUUUAAAAAUGAUAAAUAUUUGUGGUUGUUUCAUUCCUCUGGUCAAUUUCUUGGUAUUGUAAAUGUUAGCUGUCGUAUUUUUUUUUCUUUUUUAUCUCUGUUCAACGCCAUUUAUUGAAAACCUAUUUAUUGUCCUUAAGCUGUAGGAAAUUUAAAAAAAAAACUGAAAAGAGAAAAACCUGUAUUUUUUUUUCUGGAUAUGCGUAUUUGAAUAAGCUCUGAAUAACAAGACCAAGUUCCACUUUGA